GGCCAACCUGUGCGGAGUGGUCUCUGUCCAGCUCUCUGCCUCGGCUCUUUCCAAUGGAGAUAAAAGCAGCUGCCAAAAGAUAUGAAACAAGGAAGAAGACGGGAGGAACAGAGCAGGCAUCCAAAUCCCGAGUUGAUUGGAGACGCACUAAAAGGGAGAUCAUCUUGCUUGACAGCGAUGAAGAAUCGUCAUUUACCUCUGACGAUGAAGGAUCUGCCACAUCAGAAGAGGAAGUAGAUGAAAAAGAUGAAACGAUUGUGAAGAAUAGCCUUUCAGAUGAUGAAAAGAAAAGCCAUAACGGGGCAGUAACAGAGGAUGCUGAGGAUGAGCACAUCGUGCCUGGGAAGCGUAAAAGGCCAAGCACUUCUGUACUGUUUGACAGUGAUGAAAGUGAAGACAGCGAUAUCCUUGUUAGAAAAGUUUUUGCUAAACGCCACUGUAUAAUGGAUGAAGAUGAGAGUUCCCAAGAACAGCAACCUGAUAAAAACUGCCUUGCAGAAAAUAUUUCUACUAAUAGGAAAGAGAAAGUGUUAGCAAAAUUGAAAGAACUUGCAAGACAAAGAGCUACUCGGACAUCCUAUAAUAGUGAAUGUUGUGAGGAUUCUAAUGCUGAAGUAGAAAUAGAGGAGGAAUCACCCUCUGAUUUGCCCUUCCCACCAGCAGAAGAUAGUGAAACUGACGACGAUAGCAUGAAAGAUUUUAUAGUUGAUGAUGAUGAAGGUGAUGACGACACAGAAGACAUAAAGAGCGAAAUCCAGCCACAACAGAAAGAGCUAGGUGUAUCAAAUAGCCAGUUGCUGGCAUACUACGUCCCACACUUGUCUCGCUGUAGUCAUUACGUACACUUCCAAAGAAUAGUAAAGGCCUUCCUCAUAAAUGCAAUUGAUGACACUUUUCUGAACUCAUUAUAUGAUGGAACAAGACAAAAGAAGUAUGCACAAGAUAUGUUAACCUCACUUCAUUAUUUGGAUGACCGCUUCAUUCAGCCUCGUCUCGAGAACUUAGUAUCUCGAAGUCGCUGGAAAGAUCGAUAUAAGGAGCGUGUGGAUUGUUACCCAGAUGUUCGCAUAAUAAUGAAAAAUCCAAAAAGUAUGUCUUGUCAGGCUUGUGAAUUGAAUCGGUAUUGUAAGUUUGAUGUGUUGCUGUCUGGAAAGCUUUAUAACAGUAGAACUUUGGAAGCAGAUGACUUCAUGUCACAUGACAAACAGGUUUUGAAGGUUGGCACAGUGUGUGCAGAUCGUACAAGAGUUUAUCAUGAUUUGAAGCACUUCAAAUACAAGUUGUACGUGGAUUGCAGCUCUGUUGCUGAGUUGGAUGAUGUUGAGGAUGAACCAGUCAAAGACACAGUAGAGCGGCUUUUCAGCCAGUUGGACGGCAGUGGAUGGAUUCAGAAGAGAAGGAAGGUGCUGCAGCCUUUUGAAGUAGGAAUAUUUGGAACCAUGAAACUAUAUUAUACAAGAACAUACGACUUGCAUCGUAUCUUCCCUCUUGCGUGUUAUAAAUUUGCAAGUAAGUCCAAGCAUUUAGAAUUAUGAUUAUGAUAGAAAGGAGCCAAGUGCAAAGCCUUAUUCCCCCUUUAGGAAUCAGUAUAGACCGUUGCAAGGCAACAGAGGAAAUACUGUGCAGUCCUGACUACAUUUGCAGCACAAACAGUCUUUUCUCUUUUCUAGUGAGCAGGUGAUGAGUCACGUUAUAAGCAUCAUACAGACCGAAUCUGAGUUAGCCUUCCAGAGGAAUACUUGGGCCUGCUGUGCUGUCUCUGAUAAGCAGCUGAGGCAACUUACUGAGAUUUUAAAUAUCGAACUCAUGUUCUCCAAAGAUUCUGGCAACAACUUGCAGUAAGGGAAGAAUUAAGAGAAUGGACUAAUGUAGCCAUGCAAGAUAAGCAGGAAUUCUUCCACCGUAUCUUGACAACAGAAAGUAGGAGUUACUCAGGAUCACAAUGCCCAGUGUACCCGAGCUGCAUGAAUUCAAAAUCAUAGUUUUGGGGGCCAGGGAAGUAGCUUUUUGAAGAGUUAAGAAGAGCUAAGUAAUAUUUUGUGCUGUAUAUAAAAUUAAUUAGAACGUAGAUGAAGAUGUGGGGCAUAGGGUUUUGAAUGCAAUCCAGAAGUGUUCUUACCUCCUGCUGUAUGCACGUACACUUACUAGGCUUUUGUGGCUGAGCAACUUUGAAAAGGAAAGAUGUUGUUAGCACUCUAGACUUCUAGUAAGUUGCUCUUUCAGAAGUAAAACUAAUGAAGUCUUAUUUCUUACUGAUUUGUCUAUAAUAACUCCCCAUGUUCAUUAUGCCCCCCUAUCAGGAACAGAGAUUGUAUGCUGAUUGGCUAGGCAACUACUGCCAGAUAUACUGCAUAAUGGUGAAAUUCUGUUGGUGUUUUUCUAUUGGAGCUGUAAUUUAGAUUUGUCAUUCGCUACUCUUGUGCCAGCUUUCACUGUAAGAAAUGAAUUACUUCUAUAUUUUUAACAGGUUGAAAUUCAGCAGUGCAUUUUUAAGAGACUAGGGUGAGCUAACAUUGUCAGUCCUCUGUGUUUUUUUUUUUAUAUAGAGAUUUUAUUAUUACAUACACAAGAUUUUCAAACUAGAAUGAAAAAUCACAAUAAACAGCUUGACACUCGCUCUCAUGUAAACCUAGGUUGAAGACACUAUUUCUAUACCUUAACUGUCAGUUAGAUAUGUAAAUAUCCUGAAAUUUUAUGUAUACCUGUCUCCCUGGUUACCAAAGCUGCAAGUAACUCUGUUUUCUAUUCUUUUUCCUUCACCAUCCCUGUUCUUCUGGGAAUGUUGGUGGAAACGCAUCCGUCAACUUAAAUGUUCUCAGGAAUCAGUCUCAAACACAUCACCUUUAGGAAAGAUGAGGUUUUGAUGCCCACUUCUUUCUGUUAGCAGAAAGAUACCAUACUACAUCCUUGUUGGCUUCCCUUGAAUACUAAAAUAACAAUUUUGUUUGGUGUAACUUUAUUCUUGCAAAUGAAAACGGUUUUAAAAUGAAUGGGUUUUGUACCACAUAAUGGAAUUUGCUCUCUCAGACAUUCCCAACAUUCUUCAGUUCUCUUAUCUUCUGUAUUUUCUGAAAAUUCUAGAGGAAAGUAUGAUACUUAUUUUAAAAUUUUGCCAUCAAGAUGAAUGGUCAAUUUCUCAUUUCACAGUGUGUAAACUGAUUGCUAGCAAAUUAAAAAAAAAAAAAAGUUGGAACAUUUUGACUUGCUGAGUAAUGAUAAUGUAUUGAGAAUACAUAAAUUUUGAUUGAAAAUUAAAGCUGGCAAAUUAUUGUGUGAUUAAUUGCACUCAUUCUUGGAUCUUUACCACAGCCCACACCCUUUUUCUUAUCUCUUAAGCUCCUCUUUGUUCAACUAAAAAGUCUGAGCUACCUACUUCUUUCAUAUGCCUAAUGCAAUUUUUUUCCAGAUCGCUUGUUUUUCUUUCUCUAACAGGGUCACAAAAGUCCUAGGAAGAAAGUGCCUCCCUAGGUUUACUAAUUUUGUCUAUGACAUCACUAUUGGGACUAAGAAAAUGCCUAGAAUUGACAUCAGUGAUUUCUAUUUCAGUAGGAAACUGGCAUUUGAUCUGGCUUGGCAAAGCAGUGACAUAAUGUUUGUCUGUAUAUAGGCUCACUUAGAUUUUGGUAUUCAUCUCACUGAGAUUAAAGGAAGUGAUAAUACUUUUGUGGCUGUUGCUUUACCUGAAGAGUUUCCACAAGACAGAACGUGAAGUGUCGUUGCUUCGUGUUUACAUGUGUGUCUUUACAACAGGAAAUGUAAAAAUUGUUUAAAGAGCCACUUAUGAAAAAAUUUAGGUCAGAUUUUCAAGGACAGACUGGAAAUGCUAAUCCUUUUACAGUAUUUCGUGCAAAGAGGACUCUUACCUAAUGAAGC